CAGGGACCCCCGCGCCCCCCGACGCUCCCCGUAGUACGGGGCCGUGGCAAGCGUGGAGGGAAGCCCAUGGCCCCCGGACCCCCGGACCACCCCUGUACCUGGCCCCGGCCCUGCAGCCCCUGACGCCUCCGGGACCCCCCCGGCCGGCCCCGGGGAGCUCCAGCAGGUCGCCCCCGCGCCGCUGAGCCAUGAGGGAUCGCCCGGCGCUGUCGCCAGCAGAGCCAUGAGCAGCUGUCGCUACAAUGGCGGGGUGACACGGCCCCGGGGCCCCCCGAGCUCCUCCGCCGGCACCCCGCAGCCGCCGGACGGGGAGACUCAACCGCUGCGCUCCUGCCACCCGAGCCCGGGCCUCCAGGUGGUUGUGUCCCGACCGGAGCAUCCCGGAGGGGCGAAUCCCGGCCCCGCCGCGGCUCCUCCGGGGCAGGAGGCGGCGGAGGAGCGGACGGGAGAACCGCGGAGGAACCAGAACAUCGGCUACAAGCUGGGCCACCGGCGAGCCCUCUUCGAGAAGCGCAAGCGGCUCAGCGAUUACGCCCUGAUCUUCGGCAUGUUCGGCAUCGUGGUGAUGGUCACAGAGACGGAGCUGUCCUGGGGGGUCUACACCAAGGAGUCAUCGUAUUCGUUCGCACUGAAAUGCCUUAUCAGCCUCUCCACCCUCAUCCUGCUGGGACUCAUCGUCAUGUACCAUGCCAGGGAGAUCCAGCUGUUCAUGGUGGACAACGGCGCGGACGACUGGCGCAUCGCCAUGACCUACGAGCGCAUCUUCUUCAUCGCGCUGGAGCUGGUGGUGUGUGCCAUCCACCCCAUCCCCGGGCAGUACCUGUUCACCUGGACGGCGCGCCUGGCCUUCACCUACGCCGCCUCGGUGGCCGACGCCGACGUGGACGUCAUCCUGUCCAUCCCCAUGUUCCUGCGGCUCUACCUGAUCGGCCGCGUCAUGCUGCUGCACAGCAAGCUCUUCACCGACGCCUCGUCGCGCAGCAUCGGUGCUCUCAACAAGAUCAACUUCAACACGCGCUUCGUCAUGAAGACGCUGAUGACCAUCUGCCCCGGCACGGUGCUGCUGGUGUUCAGCAUCUCCUCCUGGAUCAUCGCUGCCUGGACCGUGCGCGUCUGCGAGAGGUACCAUGACAAGCAGGAGGUGACCAGCAACUUUUUGGGGGCCAUGUGGCUGAUCUCCAUCACCUUCCUGUCCAUCGGCUACGGGGACAUGGUGCCACACACCUACUGCGGCAAGGGCGUGUGCCUGCUCACCGGCAUCAUGGGCGCCGGCUGCACCGCGCUGGUGGUGGCCGUGGUGGCCAGGAAGCUGGAGCUGACCAAAGCUGAGAAACACGUCCACAACUUCAUGAUGGACACGCAGCUCACCAAGCGGGUGAAGAACGCCGCUGCCAACGUGCUCAGGGAAACGUGGCUCAUCUACAAACACACCAAGCUGGUGAAGAAGAUCGACCACGCCAAAGUUCGGACCCACCAGCGUAAGUUCCUCCAAGCCAUCCAUCAGCUGAGGAGUGUGAAGAUGGAGCAGCGCAAACUCAACGACCAGGCCAACACCUUGGUAGACCUGGCCAAGACUCAAAACGUGAUGUACGACAUGGUGUCGGAGCUGCAGGAGCGCCACGAGGAGCUGGAGAAGCGGCUGGGAGCGCUGGAGGGAAAGCUGGAGGCGCUGGGGCUGAGCCUGCUGGCGCUGCCCGGGCUGGUCAGCCAGGCCCUGGGCCAGCAGCGCGACCAGCGGGACCUGCUGGGACCCUGGGCCCCCCGCCUGUGCCCCGCCACCGCCCCCUGCACCCCCAGCCGGGACCCCCCCCGGGCCGCCCCCGACAGCCCCCGGCCCACCUCGGACAGCGGCUGAGCGGGGCAGUGUCCCCAUGUCACCUCGUGUCACCUCGUGUCACCUCGGAGAUCUGAGGGGUGCUGGGGACACCCAUGCGUCACCUUCUGUCACCCUCUCACCCCUCUGGACUGUGGAAAAUGGGGUGAGGGGGUCGUGCGAGACACCCUGGGGAAACCUCCGUGUCACCUUUUGUCACCUCAGAGAACAGCUGAGAGGUCGUGGGGCCCCCCAGGGGUCACCGUCUGUCACCCCCGUGUCCCCUUCUGUCACCUGCGAUAGCGGGUGAGGGUGUGGGGGUGUCACAGACCCCUUGACGUCCCCCCAGGCCCCAUGGCCACGGUUUUGGGGUGUCAGUGACCCCUCUGUUCCCCCCCACCCCUAUCACCGCAGUUUAGGGGUUCGGGGGGGUCCCGGGGGGGCCCUGUUAAUGUCUGGCCAUCGUGUGGCCGUUCCCAGUAGCUUUGUUCUGGAAAGCUCUGUAUAAAACUUCCUGUGUUCACUGUGCUGGAGCCCCCAAAAUCCCCGGGGGGACCCCCAAAACCCCCCAGAAACUGCCCCCCCCCCCAAACAGUGGGAACCUCCAGGAUCGAUUUUUUGGGGAGGGGGGUGGCAGGAGUUGGGGGGACAAGGGACAGAGGGGACAAACUGGGAGCCCUGAGCGAUUUUUUUUGAGGGGGAGGUGGGUCUCAAAUUUGGGGACAGGGUAAGGGAGUAUUCAGAGAGGGGGGCUUUUGGUGACCCCCAAAGUGUGUGUAGGGGGGUGUAGUUAUUUUAUUUUAUUUUGUUUUGUUUUGUUUUGUUUUGUUUUUUUCUUUUAUUUUGUUUUAUAUUUUUGGGGGGAGUGUCUCCACCCCUUUGGCUCUGCCCCAAAAGUGACCUCGGUGAUGUCACCAUCACCUCCCUGUGCCUCAGUUUCCCCCAGUUGGAAAGUGGGGUGGGUUUUUUUGGGGGGGGGGCACACCCCUGGAUGCAAUACUGAGCCCAUCCCCCCCCGAGGGGGUCAGGACCCUUCCCCACAGCGCUGGAGCCCCCCGGGUCUGGUUCUGAUCCCCCCGUGCUGUG